AUGGCAGAUACUGCGAACGUCGAGAAAGACUCGAUCGAGGUGUUGCCCAAGGGGCCCACGGGCGCCCCUAGGCGAAGGUACAGAGUGUACUUCCUCGGCGGAGCGCUACUCGUCGUCAUCGUCCUCGGUCUCGCUCUCGGGCUUGGGCUGGGACUCGGGCUGAAAAACCGGAACUUCAAUUCUGGGUUCGCCUCCGGGUCGGGGAACAGUACCGUCACGUACAACGUCACCGUCCCUACGGCAGACAACUUCCUCCUCCCCGAUAUAAGGAACGACCCGCCCCAAGUCCGCUACUUCUCCCUCGUCGUCUCCGAGUCCUAUGGUGCGCCGGACACGUUCGCCCGGCCCAUGCUAGUCGUCAAUGGCACCUAUCCUGGCCCCACCCUCCUAGCGAACCAGAACGACAGGCUCAUCAUCACGGUCUACAACCAGCUUCCCAACGUCAGCACGGCCAUCCACUGGCACGGCCUGUACCAGAACACCACGCCCUUCUACGAUGGCACGCAUGGGAUUUCCCAGUGCGGGAUCCCGCCUGGCCAGAGCUUGGUGUACAACUUCACGUUGAAUGGGUGGACGGGGACGACAUGGUAUCACUCGCAUUACCAGACGCAGUAUACGGACGGCGUCCUGGGCGCGAUCGUGAUCAACCCUAGUAACGCGACGGUUGAUGCGGAUGGGCGGCCUGCGAACAACCCGCCUCAGCCUGCCAAUCCGGUGCAAUGGGAUGCCGACUUUGUUGUCAUAAUUCAAGACUGGUACCACACGCCCUCACAGGCAGUACUCGCGCUCUACCUCGGCCCAAAUGGGCCAGACGGCACCGCUGGGGACGAACCUACGCCCGAAUCCGGAACGAUCAACGGCCAAGGCCAGUGGUACGGUGGUCCGUAUGCCAACUUCGCGCUCCAAGCCGGGAAGACGUACAGGUUCAGACUGAUCAAUUCCGGGAGUCUGGCAAAUGUGAGGUUCUCGAUUGACGACCAUCCACUGACGAUCGUUUCUGCUGAUGGGGUGGAUACGGAGCCGUUGGAGGUUGCUGGGGUGCAGAUUGCUGUCGCGCAGCGAUACGAUGUGUUGGUGCAUACGAACCAGACUACAGGCGGCCAAUGGUGGAUGCGAGGCACCGUCCUAACAGACAUGUUCACCUAUUCCGUUAACGAUGCGCAAUACGACCACCGAGCCAUCCUUUCCUACCCGGUCGCCGACCCCUCCUCAUCCCCGCAGCCAGGCUCCGCAGACCCGGGGCCGGGUGUGGCAGGCUUGCAGGACCUCAGCACCACGGACUGGUUUUCGCUCGUUCCUGCUGUGCGACAGACGAUCCCGGAGCCAGACUUCCAGUACCCCCUCGAGAUAAGUUUCUCGGUAUAUGAGGAUACGAACUAUUACGGGUAUAUGAACUCCACUUCCUGGGUGCCCCUGGAAGGGGAGUCCACCCUGACGCUCCUGUCGACAUCACGCUUCAUCUCCGCUCUCGUGAACGGGCCCUCGAUUCCUCAGGGCCAGCUCAUCGUCACGACCACUUCCGUACAGACUGUCGACUUGCUCAUAACGAACCUGGACGACGGCGACCACCCGUUCCACUUGCAUGGGCACAGGCCUUGGCUCCUCGCUGCCGGAGACGGGCGGUAUGCUGGCCAAGCGCUGAAUACGACUGACACGGUGUUGAUGCGGGAUACACACGUGAUCGCGCACUUUGGAUAUGCGGUGCUCAGGUUCGUGACGGACAAUCCUGGGAUGUGGGCAUUCCAUUGUCACAUCGCCUGGCAUAUGGGCGCGGGACUGCUGAUGCAGAUCGCCUCCCAGCCACAGGUGGCCCUGUCGUAUGGCAUGCCGCAGGAGAUCCUGGCCCAGUGUGCGGGAUAA